AUGCCAAAAACUCGCCUCGUGCCGUGUGCUUGUGUGCUCCUACAAACCACCCCGGGUCUUUCCGUUGCCGCUUCCACCGGGCCCGCUCGGUUUCCUCGCAAAAAGCCGCUUCAUCUGAGCCCAAAGCGAGCGGCAGAGGCGACUGCAGAGACCGUGUCUCAAGAGCACCCAGGCCCAGCAGGUUAUCUGCUGUUUCUGUGCAGGCCUCUUAAGGCUUGGAACUGA